AGGAUCGCGGAGCAGAACUUCGGGUCCCUGCGGCAGCCCCGGCGCGAUCCAAGGCCGCGUCUCGGCCAGCAGAAAGCACAGCUGCAGACACCCGCGCCCUGAAGCCAGUACUCCCGGGACUUCGAUCGGAUUCGGCCGCCGGCGGGGGCUUGCAGAUUCCUCGAGCCUUGACCUUAGCCCCGAACGCGGCGGGCGCGAGCAGCACCGGGCGCAGAACGGGCCGCCCGCGCACCCUCUCCCUCCCGCGCGGACUUUGCUCCCGCAGCGCCGGGACGCUCGGGACGCGGGGACGGGGCAGCCCGCGCCUGGACGCCGUGCGGGGACAGCCACGCGGGCCGUGCGAGCGAGGCCUUGGGUGGCUGUGCUUGAGGAGGCUGACUGGCUUCUGGGUUUUGUUUCUCGCUGUUUUCUAGUCCUGAACACUUGGAGAAAGAGCUUGGUGCUUGACUCUGAGAGCCAUGAAUUACGAACGGUUCAUUACCGCGAGGAGCGCUGCCAGAAAACCUUCUCCCAUCAGAACCAUGGCCGAUGUCCUGAACAGGUCACCGAAAUCCCUCAUCUCCCUGGCUCCUGGAUUUCCAAAUCCAGACACCUUCCCCUUUAAGAGUGCUAUUAUCACUUUAGAAAAUGGAAAUGCCAUCCACAUUGCAGGAGAGAGCAUGAAGACAGCACUUCAAUAUUCUGCAACUUAUGGAAUUCCAGAGCUUCUGUCCUGGCUAAAACAGUUCCAAAUAAAAUUGCAUAAUCCACCCACCAUCCAUUAUGCACCUCACCAGGGACAAAUGGAUCUCUGCAUCACAUCGGGCUGCCAAGAUGGUCUUUGUAAGGCAUUUGAAAUGAUAAUUAAUCCUGGAGAUAACAUCCUCCUAAAUGAACCAGUUUAUUCAGGAACACUUCAAGCUCUCCACCCACUUGGCUGCAACAUUAUUAAUGUUCCCAGUGAUGAGUUCGGGAUUAUCCCAGAUGCCCUCAAAGAAAUCCUUUCCAAAUGGGAACCCGAGGAUGCCAAGGACCCCAGCAAAAACACCCCCAAGUUUCUCUAUACUGUCCCUAAUGGCAACAACCCCACUGGAAACUCACUGACUGGGGACCGCAAGAAGGAGAUCUACAAGCUUGCAAGCAAAUAUGAUUUCCUCAUCAUAGAAGAUGAUCCUUACUAUUUUCUCCAGUUCAACAAGCCCAGGGCACCAACAUUUCUCUCCAUGGAUGUGGAUGGGCGUGUCAUCAGAGCUGAUUCCUUUUCAAAAAUCCUCUCCUCAGGGUUGAGAGUAGGAUUUAUAACUGGCCCAAAACCCUUAAUAGAGAAAAUUGUUUUACACACACAAGUCUCAUCAAUGCACGCCUGCAGUUUCGCACAGGUCAUGGUAUUACAGCUUCUACAGCACUGGGGAGAAGAAGGCUUCCUGGCUCAUGUGGACAGGGUUAUUGAUUUCUAUAGGAACCAGAGGGACGCCAUAUUGGCAGCUGCAGAGAAGUGGUUAAGUGGUUUGGCAGAAUGGCAUGUGCCUGUUGCUGGUAUGUUUCUGUGGAUUAAAAUUAAGGGCAUUUCUAACUCACGAAAACUGAUUGAAGAAGAGGCCCUUAAGAAAGAGGUUUUACUGGUUCCCGGGAGCGCUUUCUACAAGGAUAGCUCAGCUCAUAGCCCUUACUUCAGAGCAUGCUUCUCCAUAGCCUCUGCAGAAAAGAUGGAUGAGGCCUUCCAGAGAUUAGCCCAAGUUAUAAAAGAAUCUUUGUGAAGAAAUCCAACUAACCGCAGUAUACAUGGAUUUUUCAGAUUAAUUAUUUCCACAUUUUCUCUGUAGGAAACAAUUAUUGAUGUUUGUCUUAUGAAGCGAUAUCAAACAUAUCCUAUAUGCAUCUGUAGUAGUUUAACUGGACAACUUUUUAAGUGCCUUUAAAUCUAUCAGAUUGCAGAAAUGUAUUUGUAAGCCACUUAGGCUUGUCACUUUUUUAAUCUGCAAAAAAUUAUUUUUAUCUUAGAUUUUACUGUAAAGAACUCUUAGGUGCCUUAUAAGGUGCUGUAAAUUUUCAGUGAAACUAAUACUUUACAUUAUAUUAUUUUAAGAAAAUAAUUAAAUUCGGGAAGCAGCCAGA